AUGGGUAUCUCAAAUUUGAUUGGACUUGUGGAACAAGUUGCUCUGGCAAAUCAUCCAGUUAAAGGAAUUUACUUUGCUGUGGUUGGUGCUCCACAGAGUCUUGGAAUAACAGUGAUGAGUUAUGUGGGAAAGCUGAGGGUUGCCGUGUUAGUGGAGAAAGGCUUCAUAGAUCCACGUUUGUUCAAGUCAUGCAUUGAAAAUGCUUUUGAGUUGAUUUUCAAAGCUGCGAAUGUUAUGAUGGAAGAUGACAGUUCUAUGUGUGUCCCAAUGACCAUAUGGCAUGGUGAGGAAAAGAGAAGUAGAGGAGGAGAAGAAAUGCCUCCACUGGACGUGAUCGGUUUCUAA